CAGCAAGGGGAUAAGAGAGGCCUGGGGGACCCCCUGCCCAGCCUCGGGGAGCAGAACCGGCACCUCCACCAUGGCCUGGACCCCUCUCUUGCUAGGCCUCCUGGCUCACUGCACAGGCUCCGUGACCUCCUACGAGCUGACCCAGGCCCCCUCAGUGUCCGUGUCCCCAAGAGGGACGGCCAGGAUCACCUGCGGGGGUGACAACAUUGGAAGUAAAAAUGCUUACUGGUACCAGCAGAAGCCCACCCAGGCCCCCAGGCUGCUCAUCUAUGAAGACAGCAAACGGCCCUCAGGGAUCCCUGACCGGUUCUCUGGCUCUAACUCGGGGAACACGGCCACCCUGACCAUCAGCGGGGCCCGGGCUGAGGACGAGGCUGACUAUUACUGUCAAGUGUGGGACAGUGUGCACUUUUUUGGAAGUGGGACCCGAUUGACUAUCCUUGGUCACCCCAAGGCCACGCCCUCAGUCACCCUCUUCCCGCCCUCCUCCGAGGAGCUCAGCGCCAACAAGGCCACAGUGGUGUGUCUCAUCAGUGACUUCUACCCCGGCGCCAUGACAGUGGCCUGGAAGGCAGACGGCGCCCCCGUCACCCAGGGCGUGGAGACCACCAAGCCCUCCAAACAGAGCAACAACAAGUACGCGGCCAGCAGCUACCUGAGGCUCUCCCCCGACGCGUGGAAGUCUCACAGCAGCGUCAGCUGCCAGGUCACGCACGAAGGGAGCACCGUGGAGAAGACGCUGGCCCCCAGGGAGUGCUCUUAGGCCCCGAGCCCCCGCCCCUGGGCGCCUGGAUACACGGGCCUCCGGGGAGGGUCUACCUACCCCCGCACUCCCCCCAGCCCUGUCCCUGCUCCUCAUCAACUCGCAAUAAAGGGUCCUCCUUGUCAAUCAGGAA